CAAGCCCGCAGGCAGGCAGGGUCUUAAAUCGCAAACGUGCAUUGCUGAUUAAAUACCUAUCCUAUCAGAGACACAAUGAAUGUUUUCCGUCGCGGCAUGGCGUCGGUGGCUUCUUUAAAACAGGCCGGCAAAGUCGUUUGCAUCGGACGAAAUUAUGCCGAUCACAUCGCCGAGUUGAAUUCCGCCAGGCCGAAGCAGCCUUUCUUCUUUCUGAAGCCUACGUCCUCGGUUCUGUUACCCGGAGCCGGUCCCGUCAUCCGCCCCAAGGGUGUCGACCUUCACUAUGAGGUCGAAUUGGCCUUGGUUCUAGGCAAGCAAGUGAAAGAUCUUGCAGCAGAUGAUGAGAAGGGCGCUUUUGACGCUAUUGAGCACUAUGCUCUAAGUAUCGACAUGACGGCAAGAAACAUUCAAAAUGAGGCCAAGAAAAAGGGCUUGCCUUGGUCGAUCGCCAAGGGUUUUGACACCUUUUUACCGAUCAGCAAUCUCAUUGCCAAAUCCGCAAUCCCUAACCCUCACUCCAUAGAUAUCUACCUUACUGUCAACGACAAUGUCCGACAAUCGGACAACACCGAGCUCAUGCUUUUCCAGAUCCCAAGGCUAUUGAGUGACAUCUCCAAGGUUAUGACUCUUGAGAAGGGCGAUAUCAUCCUCACCGGCACGCCGAAAGGUGUUGGACCAGUCGUACCCGGCGAUGUUAUGCGGGCCGGUAUUAAAGUCGACGGCAAGGAGCUCGAGGAGAGCAAGAUUGAGGUCAAGGUUGAGGAAUCGACUGGCGCAUAUGAAUUUGCUGAGACAUGACGCGUCCACCAGCAUAGACUAUUGGAAUCUAGCGAGGUGAUCUUCAACAAUAUUUCACAGAUCGCUGCAAUCUGUAUAUAUUGAGUUUAGUUGUUUUGCAAUAAGCAACUUAGAUUUAUAGAC